GUGGGUGUGUCUGUUUUUUCUUUUUUUGCCCGUUUUCGAGAAGGGAGCCGUAGACGAGGCGGGGAAAAGAAGAAAUAAGAGUCUGAGAAGGGGAGGAUGAUAUUGAAAGAGGAAGUGUUGGGUCGGAACGAAGCGUCGUACGUGAGGGAGGAGAAAAACAUGUCGCGACAACCCGAGGAGGAUGAGAAUGCGUGUUUCCUAGGGCUAGGGUUCCCUCCUCAGCAGAGGAAAUCGGUGGUGGUGGGUUAUGCUCUCACUUCUAAGAAAACCAAGAGCUUCUUGCAGCCUCAGUUUGAGGGUUUAGCUAGGAACAAAGGAAUAUUAUUUGUCGCAAUAGAUCAGAGUAGGCCUCUCUCUGAGCAAGGCCCUUUUGAUAUUGUAUUGCAUAAGCUGUCAGGAAAGGAAUGGCGCCAGAUUCUCGAGGAUUACAGGCAAUCACACCCCGAAGUCACUGUACUUGAUCCUCCAGAUGCCAUACAACACUUGCAUAAUCGCCAGUAUAUGCUUCAAGAAGUUGCUGAUAUGAAUUUUUCUGAUUCAUAUGGCAAGGUUGGUGUGCCUAGGCAGCUGGUUGUUAAAAGAGAUGCUUCAUCAAUCCCUGAUGCUGUUAAUAGAGCUGGGCUGAGGCUUCCUCUUGUUGCAAAACCACUGGUGGCUGAUGGAAGUGCGAAAUCCCAUGAAUUAUCACUUGCUUAUGAUAGAUACUCUCUCCAAAAACUAGAACCUCCCCUUGUGCUUCAGGAGUUUGUCAAUCAUGGUGGUGUUAUGUUCAAGGUAUACAUUGUUGGGGAAGCCAUAAAGGUUGUGAGACGGUUCUCUUUGCCCAAUGUGAGUAGGAAGGAGCUGUCAAAAAGUGCUGGGGUAUUCCCUUUUCCAAGGGUUUCUUGUGCUGCAGCUUCUGCAGACGAUGCUGAUUUGGACCCUAGUGUCGCAGAACUUCCUCCAAGACCUUUGCUCGAGAGAUUUGCAAAAGAACUUCGCCGUCGCCUGGGUCUUCGGCUGUUCAACUUGGAUAUUAUCCGAGAACAUGGAACCAGAGAUCAUUAUUAUGUCAUUGACAUCAACUAUUUUCCAGGGUAUGGGAAAAUGCCGGAAUAUGAGCAUAUUUUCACAGACUUCCUCUUGAGCUUGGCACAGGGCAAGUACCGGAAAAGAUCUGGCUCUUAGUCUAAUUAGAAUUUUACCUCAGAUGAUGACGAAGAAUAUGCUUUUGCGCACCAGAUCUAUGCUAUAGUCACCUCCUUGUACAGAGGCCUCGUGUAGCGAUCUGUGCCAGCGGUUGGGGGAGGAUACAUGUGAAAGUGAAAGAUGCGGACCUUCAGCUUCUGUAAUUACUGACUGGCUGGCGCAGGACAAUUCAUCAUGUACACAGUUUUCAUUCAUGUAACUUAACUGUUGCAGUGCUUGAAUGGCAUUCUCAACUCUGAAAAUGAAUAAAAAGUUGGUUCU